AUGCCCGUGUUGUACUGACACAGUAGCGGGCUCAGUAGACAUGGAGGCCCGAUUAACGAGCCAGGCCCGCGCUGACACAUCCAGGCCCAGCUAACGGCGAGGCGCUGUGUUUUUGGGAGCAUCUGUGGACUGCUUUCGGACUCACUCGGCUGUCAGAAAGGUGGAAUUAUACGCGGACGAGGGAGGAAUACAAGAAGACUCGCUUCGCCUCUGUUGAUUCAACGCAGGCGCCAUUUUGUUGACAUUCAGCACUUGGAGUUAAAAUGUGUCCCCCACGUUGAUGGACAAGACAGGAGGGAACGCAGCCGAAUAAUGUGAAGCUAUAUCUGGAUAAAUAACUGAGCAAAAGGACAGAGAAAGUGAAAGGGCAAACAGGAAGGAAUAGGAAGUGAAAGCAGCCUCUCCAAAACCAGGAGACCUUCCUCCUUAUGUUAUACCCUUCACCCAUCUCUGGUUUCCUGUCAAAUACUACCUAUCUCCAGUUAUAGUUUAAAAAUACACAAUUUCUUCAUUUCAAAUGGAUCAGAGGGGUCAGGGGAGAACAGCAACUCCUCCCCCACCCUCAAGUGCUCCUGCAGGAGAGCGAGAUAAAGAGGGCGAAUGUGGAAAGAAAGAAGAUGAAGAGGAAACAAAGAGGGAUCGAGAGAAGGAUGGAUCUGUUGCAGCCUCUGCUACAGGUGCCAGUGGGGAAGGUGGCGUUGAUGGUGACCAGUCUCACUUUUCCAUUAAGGAAAGUAGCCUGUCGGAGGGCAAUGUCAAACUUAAGAUUGGCCUCCAAUCUGCAAAACGGACAAAGAAGCCUCCCAAAAUCCUGGAGAACUAUGUAUGUAGACCAGCUUUCAGGGCAACAGCGAGGCACACAAGUCGUGGAGGAAAUGGAGCUCGAGGAAACCGCACUGUGGCAGGUGACAAACUAAUCAACAAAACCCAGAGUCCUGCUCAGAAAGGGAAAGAGAAGGAACCAAGUCCCUGUGUCAACAAAACUGCUCCGGCAGUUACAUCCUCAAAAUCUACAACACCACCACCACCUGGGAACCCGACCACCCCUUCUCCAUCUCAAUUGAAUGGAACUGCACCUGCUAAAAGGGGUUCACCAAAGAUGGAUUGUAAAUCUAAUAUGAAAGUUGAGGCAAAACCCACAGCUACCCCUUCCGAGAGAUCCCUUAAUCUUCAACGCCUUCCGUCAGAUGGCAAAAGUCAACCUUCUGGAAAGAAAACAUCAUCACCAUUGCCUCACCCUCGAACAUCUUCUCCCUCCCAAACAGUACCCGCUCCAAAGGACCCCACAUUUGAAUGUCUUAAACCUCCUCAAUAUACCUUCAACGCUGAGUGUCAGAGGGAUAAAGACAAGACUGUACAGCCUUGUGGCACUCCCACUGUCACUGAGAAAUUGGCUCAACUUAUUGCAACUUGUCCUCCAACAAAGACUCCCAAACCAGUGAAAACUGUUAAGACGGACGCCACGCCUUCUCUUCUAAAUUCAGGCUUUAUGGCUCCGACUGCUAAACAGCGAGACAGAGCUUUGGCCAAUAGGAAUACGUAUUCAAGAGUGCUCCAUCUUUCUCCAGCACCUCCUGUGUCUAGACCUCCUGGUCGACCCUAUGGAUCGAAGAACAGGGAUGGUUUGGAGAGUCCACCUGUGACUGCGCUCCGAAAGGAGGACACUGAUGAGUGUGGGCAGGCCAGCAACUGUAGCACCAACAUUAACAGUAGUAACAGCAGCAGUCGCAGCAGCAGUCCAGCACAAAACUGUGGUAGUAGCCGAGUGCCAAUGUUAACUGCAGACAACAGUGACAAAAGUACAAACAGUACUAAUAGUAAUCCUAAGCCUCAUUCACGCCCUAUUCACAGUUUACCCCACACCGCAUCUACGUCUUGUUUGACCUCAUCAUCCGGUACUCCCACUGCAGAACAGAGACCAGUUAGUUUUGGCAGUCACCGUACGUCACCUGAUCCUUCACAGGAGUCCCCUACUCAGGCAGAUGAAAGCAGUGCUAGUGAGAAGGAGCAGGAUGCAGACAGUCCUGAGAAUAUUACCAGCUGUCCUUCCAUCAUGGGAGUGAGUAAGCCAGAAGUAAAUAAUAAGGGACCCAGCACUCACUCACAGCGAGUUGAGAGAGGGAAGAGUACCAGUCCAUCUAAGCGCAGUCCCAUCAGGGAAAGUAGACCUUGUCGGCCAACUACUCCUCCUGUUCCUGGAAGAAGAAGAGCAUCUUCUUCACCAGAGCCUGAUUGUGAAGAUGAUCCACCAUCACCUCUCAGAGGUGAAUCUGCUGACUCAUCACUUGACUCUGAUGCAGAACAGGAAAGCAAACCCCUUAAAAAGCGCAAGGAAAGAAAACAUUGCUGGAGUGACAAUCCAAGAGUUGGUUCAGAAAGUCCUUUUGAACGAACCAUACAUUUAUCAUCAAGCAUGGAAUCUUCCUCCCCAGUGAAAAGACCUGUGGGCAGGCCGCCAAAUCCAAACAAGGUGAGACCAAAUCCUUUGGUACAAAAUUCAGUUUCUCAGCUGUUCACAUCCCAGCCCCGAAAAAGAGGAAGGCCAAAAUCUAAAAUGCCAAGACUUGAUGCUCCUUCCCAUGGACGCAUCUCUAGUAAGUUUGCUCCGUCCAAGGUCUUCUCAUCUUUACUAAAAUCCAAGGAAGAACAGGACCCCCCUGUUCUCCAUCCAGAAGUUGAUCUUAAUCUUGCAAAGUCAAUACCUAGAAAACGUGGGCGACCAAAGCGUCUACCUCCAACUUUACCACAGGAAAGUCAGCCUCCAACACUGGCACCAGAGGCAGGGGAAACGAGGGACAAAAUGUUUCACAGCAAAGGGAAUGGGCAGCUUAUCAUGAAGACUAUAAUAGGAAAGAUCAACAAAAUGAAAAGUGUGAAACGAAAGCGCAUUUUAAGUCAGUUCCUCAUUGGCCCAAGACCAGAGGAUGUCCCCAAACCCACAACACCUGGGUUGACUAAUUCUGCUGGCCAAGCAUCCAAAUCAUUGUCCUCACUUGCAGCUUUUAGUGGGAAACUGGGACCCCAAAUUAAUGUCAGCAAAAAAGGGACAAUAUAUAUUGGCAAGAGACGAGGAAGGAAACCUAAGUCUUCAUCAACCUCACCAUCAUCCCCCUUCCUGUCCCCAAACACUACUUCGCCUCUACACCACCAUCAGAACCAACAUCAGCUUUCUUCUUCAGAAGUUUUCCCGUCACCCUCUUUGUCCCAAUCUAGUGGAGGACAUAGUCCUUCAAGUGAUGCCAGUUUUCUAGAGCCAGGAUCUGUUCACUUUGCUGGGCACUCCCACUAUUCAAAUUCUCACCAUAGACAUAACGCAUUCCCCUUUGCUGCUCCAACUUUUUCAGCCCCUAAUCCUCGAAAUUCUGGUCUUAUUUCCCCAUUGUCCUCUGUGGCUGCAGCCUCUGUCCAGAAAAAGUCAUCUUGUCGUGGCUACUACACGCACCAUCACCAUUACCGACAGCAAUUCCACCAACACAAACUUUCUCCCCCAAGACCUCUUCACCCCACCUCACCCGCCCCUCUCAGCGAGCUAAAAGAAGCUACCCCAUCACCUGUCAGUGAGUCACACAGUGAAGAGACUGUUCCAAGUGACAGUGGUAUUGGAACAGACAACAACAGUACUUCUGAUCGCGGUGAGAAAGCUGGUGGGGCAGGUGGUCUAAGUGGGCUUGGGAUGCCAUUGGGCUUAGGCGGUGGCUUGUUAAUGCCUGGGGUCAUCAGUUCAUCUAUGGGCGCGGGGAUGAGUGUUACUUCGAGAGGUAGACGGCGGCACUCUGCUGUGCUUUUGGAGCAUCCUUCACCUUCACCAUCACCGCAUGGUGCAAGGUCAUCACCUGAUCCUCGUAGACCUCAUCCAGCUGCUCCUCCCUCAUCUUUAUUGGGACACAAGGAAAAACAUAAACAUAAAUGCAAACGUCGUAACCAUGGCUGCCCUGGCUACGACAAGCUCAAGAGGCAAAAAAGGAAACGCAAGAAGAAGUAUCUACAGUUGCGGGCGAGACGGCAUGAUCCUGAUUUUCUUGCUGAACUGGAUGAAAUUGUCCUGAGACUGAGUGAGAUAAGGAUAGCUCACCGAAAUAUGGGACACCACCAUGGCAGUGGUAUAUCCAUGGGAUUGGGAACAAACAGAGUACCAGGAGUGGGCAGCCAUAUCAGCGGUGGUGUUGGAGGACUAAGUGGCCCUCCACCACACCAUUAUGUCCACCGAGAUAUUUUGCCCACAAUAUUCAGGGUGAAUUUUGGCAGCUUUUACUCACAUCCCGCAUACUCAUGCGAUCCCUUGCACUAUGUUCGUAAACCAGAUAUGAAAAAGAAACGAGGAAGACCCCCAAAACUGAGAGAGUCCAUGUCUGAGUUGUCUUUUGUACCUGGUCUUGGUUUCCCACUGUCAAGCGGGGGCUUUUAUCAUCCUUCAUACAGUGUUCCUUACUCCUCUGGACCUCUUGGAUUGGGAUAUUACAGAGGUUAUCCCCCUGCCAGUGCACUCUUCCCUCAUCCACACCACCAGUCACCUCACUCUUCUGCCACACAUCAUUCGCACCAUUCAACAUCUUUUCCCCCACCACCCCACUCUUCUUAUAUGCAUCAUCCACACUCCUCGCAUCUCCUAUUGAACCCAACAAAAUUCCACAAGAAGAAACAUAAGCUACUUAGACAGGAAUACCUGGGUGGAGGAAGGUCUCCUGUCUUGUUUCCUGCCAUGUCAUCUGAGCUGUCUUUUAAUUGGCAUCACAAACACAAACACAGGCACAAGCACAGGGAACGUUGUGCUGACGAAGAAAGAGAGGACACUGUGCGAGGUGGAUCAGGAAUCCGUGCAUCAAGCUCAGGAAUCUCAGAUACUGGAGAUUCUGCAAAGGGGGAACGAGUUGGCAGCUUGGGAAUGGCAGAGUCUAUUCAGCGAUGCCGCUUUGGACGUGAUGCUUCGGGUAAAAGCACCAUCAAGCAAGGAGCCUCCACUUCUGCCAACUCUCCAUCUUCUUCAUCCUCAUCAUCUGCUGAGAGGUACAAGCGCAAAGAAAACUCUUGUCUUGGUCCGUCAAGGCUAACGCUUAGUAGCAGCUCGAAGAGUCAACGUCCAGAGUCCUGGUUCAGAGUCGGCUGCCCAGAUGCCUCUAAGCCACAGAGGAGUCAUGUGGUUGCUGCUCAAGGUCAUUUUUCAGAUGGAUUAGCUGAAGAUCCUGAUGGUUGUUCUGACAGUGAAGAUGAGGAAGCACCCACACCAACUGAGGAAGCUGUGCCUGGUGCCCAUGAGUCCCCAAACCUGACAAAUUUGUUUGCCUCUGCCCUAACCCAUUCUAACCUACGGGGAGGCAAAGGAAGGAAAAAUGAUGUCCAAGACAAUGGCAACUUCUCACACAUGGAUCGGCCAUUCAGGAAAGACUGCUCGACAUCUGCAGAAAGAAGGGAAUUUGGGACAUCAGGUAUUCAGGCAAAAGGCACAGCGACGGAGCAACAUGAAGGAUCUGUGAACCCCAGACAGCUUCACCACCAGUCUUCUCUUUUCCACUCACAUGCAACGACUGCCCACCGCUCCCCCUCCCAAGACCUUCAUCUGGAAAGGACUGGACACCACCUCUCCCAUCGGAUGCAGCAAUCCAAGCACAGCCUUUACCAUGUCAACAAAAUCUUGCGUGCCAAGAAACUCCAAAGACAGGCGCGUACAGGAAACAACAUGGUGAAAAAGAGGGGGCCAGGACGUCCUCGAAAAAACCCAUUACCCUCCCCGCCAUCAUCCCCACCCCAUGAGCUUGAGUUGAAUCAGGCCAGACUUAAGGACAGAGGGGUAGAAGGACAAGCAGCGGGGAGGGUUUGGGAAGGAGAUACUGUCAAAGAUGCCAUUGAAUCAGUGGUUAAAGGCCAGCGAAGAAAAGGUCAUAAAAGAAAACAUUGGGAAAGAGAGGAAAACCAGGAAGAUGAGGAAUAUGAGUUAGAAGAGGGGGAGGUAGUGGGGCCUGUAGUCACUUUUUUAGAUGGAGAUGGGAAUUCAGGAAUUCUGUCGGCAAGAUCAAAACCUGGUUCUGGAAGGAGCUGGCUCACCCAGGAAAAGCUCAGUCACUUUCAUGGUUCUGUGAUUGGCAAGCAAGAUGGCCGUCGCACCCCAGAACAUCCAGGUACCAUCUCCAGCGAACAAGAUCCAGCUCUCGGCAUUACCAGCCAGCGGGAGAAGAGGGUAGCCAGACCUCCCAAAAAAAAGUUCCAGAAGGCAGGCCUUUAUUCUGAUGUGUACAAGACUGAAGACCCCCGGAGCCAGCUGCUGCAACUGAAGAAAGAGAAGCUGGAGUACGUUCCCGGAGAACAUGAUUAUGGAUUGUUUCCGGCUCCGAUACAUGUUGGGAAGUACCUGAGACAGAAGCGCAUUGAUUUCCAGUUGCCUUACGACAUUCUGUGGCUGUGGAAACAUGACCAGCUGCAUAAGAGGCCUGAUGUCCCCCUGUAUAAAAAGAUUCGAUCAAAUGUCUAUGUGGAUGUUAAGCCUCUUUCUGGUUAUGAAACAACAACAUGCAACUGCAGACCGCCACAGGACUCCACUGAAAAAGGCUGCUUGGACGACUGCUUGAAUCGAAUGAGCUUUGCUGAGUGCUCUCCUAGUACUUGCCCGUGCCGUGACCUGUGCGACAACCAGCACAUCCAGAGACAUGACUGGGUACAAUGUCUUGAGAGAUUCCGUGCAGAGGGAAAAGGGUGGGGCAUCCGCACCAAAGAGCCUCUGCGAUCUGGUCAGUUCAUCAUUGAGUACCUGGGUGAAGUUGUCAGCGAGCAUGAGUUCAGGAGCCGGAUGAUGGAGCAGUACUUCUCCCACAGUGGCCACUACUGCCUGAAUCUGGACAGCGGCAUGGUGAUUGACAGCUACAGAAUGGGCAAUGAAGCACGCUUUAUAAACCACAGCUGUGAACCCAACUGUGAGAUGCAGAAGUGGUCGGUGAAUGGCGUCUACAGAAUCGGCCUCUUUGCUCUGAAGGAAAUCAGCAGUGGCACUGAGCUCACCUACGACUACAACUUUCAUUCAUUCAACACAGAAGAACAGCAAGUGUGCAAGUGCGGCUCGGAGAGCUGCCGGGGCAUUAUCGGAGGUAAAAGCCAGCGCAUUAACGGCCUACCGCCCAAAACAGGAGGCACUCGCAGACUGGGUCGACUCAAGGAGAAACGGAAAUCCAAACACCAGCUUAAAAAACGAGAGGAGGAAUCGAGUGACUCCAAUAAGUUCUAUCCUCAUCUAAUGAAGCCCAUGUCCAACAGGGAGAGAAACUUUGUACUGAAACAUCGAGUGUUCCUGCUGAGGAAUUGGGAGAAAAUGAGGGAGAAGCAGGAGAUGCUCAAGAGAGAGGGUGAAAGAGAACGAGACUCCAGCAGCCUGUCCUUGUACACUCGCUGGGGAGGAGUCAUUCGAGAUGACGGCAACAUCAAGUCAGAUGUGUUCCUGACACAGUUCUCAGCCAUUCAGACGUCUCGCUCUGUGCGUACACGGAGACUUGCAGCUGCUGAGGAAAACACAGAAGUCACUCGCACUGCUCGCCUCGCACACAUCUUCAAAGAGAUUUGUGACAUGAUCACAAGCUACAAAGACUCAGCAGGUCAGACACUUGCAGCGCCACUUGUCAACCUCCCAUCAAGAAAGAGGAACAGUCAGUAUUAUGAGAAAGUGUCUGACCCGCUGGACCUGAGCACCAUUGAGAAGCAGAUCCUCACUGGACACUACAAGACUGUUGAAUCGUUUGACACAGAUAUGCUCAAGGUUUUCCGCAACGCUGAGAAAUAUUACGGCCGGAAAUCCUCUGUUGGCCGAGAUGUGUGCCGGCUGCGGAAAGCAUACUACAGUGCGCGAAACGAAGCGGCUGUACAGAUAGACGAGAUCGUGGGUGAGACGGUUAGCGAGGCCGACAGCUCGGAGUCCCUGGAACGAGACCACAGUCACACACACGGAGGGUCCCACGACAAGGACGACGAUGUCAUUCGCUGCAUCUGUGGGAUGUACAAGGAUGAAGGCCUGAUGAUCCAGUGUGAAAAGUGCAUGGUCUGGCAACACUUUGACUGCAUGCGGCUGGAGACCGAAGUGGAACACUACCUAUGUGAGCAGUGUGAUCCUCGGCCUGUGGACAGGGAGGUUCCCAUGAUACCCCAACCGAGUUACGCUCAGGCUGGCUCCAUCUACUACAUCUGCCUCCUGAGAGACGAACUGCUGCUUCACCAAGGAGACUGUGUGUACCUGAUGAGAGACAGCAGGCGCACACCUGAGGGUCAGCCUGUCAGACAGUCCUACCGUCUCCUGUCUCAUGUCAACCGGGACAAGCUCGACAUCUUCCGCAUAGAGAAACUCUGGAAGAACGAAAAGGGUGAGCGUUUUGCUUUUGGCCACCACUACUUCCGUCCUCAUGAGACACACCAUUCCCCAUCACGACGCUUCUACCAAAACGAGUUGUUUCGCAUGCCACUGUAUGAAAUCAUUCCUCUGGAGGCGGUGGUGGGACCCUGCUGUGUCCUGGACCUCUACACGUACUGCAAAGGACGACCGAAGGGGGUGAAAGAGCAGGAUGUCUACAUCUGUGACUACCGCUUGGACAAGUCUGCUCACCUGUUCUAUAAGAUUCAUCGAAACCGCUACCCCGUGUGCACCAAGCCAUACGCCUUCAACCACUUCCCCAAGCGACUCACGCCCAAGAGGGAUUUCUCGCCUCACUACGUUCCCGACAACUACAAGAGGAACGGAGGUCGAUCUGCUUGGAAGAGCGAACUACCUAAAGGAUCCGAGGGUUGCGAGGAAGAUGACUGCGAGCGGGGUGACGAGUUCCUACCGGAGGCUGACGAACGCAGAGUGGCCGAGGGUGACCAGGAUGCGACCCCACAAGACCCUGAACUCCUUCCAGGGAAGACUGCAUUGGCAGCAAGGGAUGAUGAUGAAGAGGAGGAGGAAGAGGAGAGCCUGGAGCUGGAAAAGUGCAAGGAGCUGAAUGUUGUUCCUACCGAGAGGAUGGUGGAGAUUCCUGACCUCCCACCCUCACUUGCCCCCUCCCCGCUGCACCACCCUGUGAUAGGAAGGAGGGAGGCACAACGGGAACGACUCAACAAGAUUCUGUUGAAUCUGCUGCACAGAACGCCCAGCAAGAACGCCAUAGAUGUCACUUACCUCCUGGAAGAGGGUGCAGGGCGGAGGCUCCGGCGACGGACACUUGGAUUUGCUGAUUUUGUUUUCAGGAAGUGAGGUUUCCGUUUGCGGGAAAAACAUAAAGCCUUAUACUGUUAGAGAAGGCAGCUGAAAACGGAGACACAGCAGAAAGGUGUCAAAAGCUGUGUUGGCUGGCUGACCGUCUCGAACAACAAUGCACCCCAGGGGGCCUCUUCCAGUUUACCUCUUCCAAAACUGUGUCGUCCAGACACUAGAGAGGCAUGAGCCAGGUCGGAAAUUGCUGACUUAAUUACUAUUUCUGCUUCUUCAGCAGUUCCGGAGAGUGGGCAGAGCCGACAUCUUGUAUAUUUAUGAUGCAAAAACAUAGGAAUUGUGGACGAAUAGGUGAAAAUGCUGACAUUCAAACUGUACAGAUGGAGGAGGAUCUGACCAAGUGGUACAGAGGAAGCGUCCGCUCAUUUCAGUCGGUAGCGAAGGAGAGUUGCUCCCCCUGUGGAACCUGGCUGCAACUUCAAAUGGCUGCUUGAGGAAGCAAGAAAGUGUGGUUGCCUAAAUGCUGCUUGUGAGAAAGUGAGGCGAUGAAUAUAAACUGCACUUUUGGUACUGUGGAUAUGGUGAAGCUUAUGUAUCUAUAAUGAAUACACACUAACACAAUACAGUAUUGGAUGAUGCAGUUGAAGCAAAGCAAAACCAGUUACAUCAAAGUCUUUUUCCUGUUUAAUUGUAGACUCAUUUAGGUCUUUUAGGUCUUUUAUUGAAGAAAGGAGGGAGGGAGGGGUCAAGUGUGUGAUUUUUGUCUAGAGGUUUAAAUUCUUCUCAGUCAGCUUCAGCCCUCGUUUUGAAGUAACAUGAUUCACCAGCUAAAUCCGGCACGAGGGAUACCGGCUUUAACUGUAACGCCUUACGCAGCCGCACUCUCCGACUGCCUUCGUGCGAGUGCGUGCCAGUCUCAAUUGUGUGUCUGUAUUCUUUUAGAUUUCUUGAAGAUUUACCUUUUAAGAAAAAGAAAAAAAACAAAAAAAAACAAGGGCUCGUUGGCAAUUAACGGUUUUAAGAAAACUAAGGACAACAACAGUUAACAUGAAAUGUAUCGUGAUGGUCGUUAUUUUCUUAGCUCUGAUGGGUCAGGGGUGUAAAUUGUAUAUUCAGGCAGGCGCGGAGUUCAACAUUUAUUCUUCCUGUCUUUAAAACUAUACUCCUUAUUGCCAUGGCAAAUGUUUUUUAAAUUGCAACGUUCAAUGAGAUUUCUUGUCCUCCCAAAAUGCCUCUUGAAAAGAGGGGCAACCUGCAAUGUUCCUGUGUAAAACUGACAGAUGCGACUUCAAUGAGACACUAAGAGGGAGAAAGAGCGUUAUGUAUAUGUAUAUAUUUAUAUAUAUAUAUAGAUAUACACUUUACAUCAGAGUGUCUCCAAAAGCAAUAUCUUAAAUUUUUGUCUAUUAUUGUAGUGUACAGGACUCUGCCCUAAAUGUAUUAUUAUUCUAAUAAUAUUAUAAUUUUGUUUUACUGUAAUGAAGACACUUGUAGUAAAAGGAUUUUUUCUUAACAUGUCCCCACGACGUAAAAAUGAAUGCUGAUGUUGGUUGCCUGUAAAUGCAAUUCAUCUAUGUGAUCAGGAAGAAUGUCACAUCAACACCGCAGGCAUUGGGACGUGGCGGUGACCGGGCAACACCUUUGUCACUAAAUAUUGUUAAUAAUAUUUCUUUUUCUUUAAGGAGAAAUGUACUCCUUGUUUUUUGCUGCAAAGUGUUGAACACUAAAAAAACAAACCAAGAUGAAAAAUGUUAUGAUAUUUUUAAGUAUAAAGUAAAAACUGUCAGUCCAGUACCAUGCUAUUAUUAUUAUUUUUAAUCUUUUAAAUAAGAAAUGGUUCCGUUUUGUGAUAGCGGUCAUUGUAUGAUGCUUGUUCUUGUAUUUGUGCUUUUUCUCUGUGUGAUUUGUUUAGUUCUUUUUAGACAAUCACAAAAUAAGAUGCAAGCAUUGUAUAUGGCAGUCAAGCGGCCAUUUUGUGAUGUGUACAGUUUGUCAACAACAACAGAAAAAAAAACACUUCUCUCUCGUUUCAGAGUUUGUAAUUAUGAUUCUUAAGUCAUGAAAAAUGCUGUUGGUUUUUACUUUUUGUUUUAUAUUUGUUUUGUUUGUUUUUUAAUAAAAGCACUACAUUAUU